GAUUUAUUUUAUGAACUAUGACGGAUGGACAACUUGAUGUCUUCAAGGCCGAGAAAGGUGAAUAGAGUUGACGUAGUGGUUCUCUCCCCGCCUUCCAAAUCUGCGGUCUGGGUUCGAUUCCCACUAUGUGGAUUGAGUUUUUAGCCCUACUUGAUCUUGGGUUUUACCCAAAAUAUUCUUCUGGGGUUUUCUUCCCACCUCUAAAACUAUAAGCGCUUCUCAUUUCAAUGUGGUUGAGUCUCCAAAUGUAUGAAGUUGGCACAUUUCUUGGAGGAAGAAGAAGAAAGCCGCGCAGGUGUGAAAUGGUAGUCAGACAGCUUUAUGUAUCCCUUUAACGCCGCCUUCAAAUUCUUAAAUGGGCAAGUUUCGUAAUCCGGCCAUUCCCGUUCAACGUUCACAAUUAAUAGCCAAGAUUGUAUAGCGGCGGCGCUAUACAAUCUUUGCACAAUAGUAUAGUAGCUUGCAGCGUCAUGCGUGGGUCAGAUCGGUCGGCAGUCGUUUCAUCUUUCAGCCCAAAUAUCGAAUGAAAUGACUGCUUUGACAGUACGCUUACAACACGUCAGGCGAUGACUUCUUCCCAUAGUCCAGUCGUAGUAAAAGCUGGCGUACUUGGCAGAUAAUUAGUGGAAUCACUGACCCGUAACGUUUGGUGAACUUUCUUUUUGAUGAGCGGAAUGGAUCAACAGAAUGAAAAGCAGUCAGCCAGUGAUUCCGACGACAUGGACGGUUUCGUCGCAGUUGAAAAACAGCGCAGAAUAUUCAAAAUCAUCGUGAUUGGGGAUUCCAAUGUCGGCAAAACAUGCCUGACCUAUCGGUUUUGCGGAGGCAAAUUCCCGGAGAAGACUGAAGCGACCAUAGGGGUCGAUUUUAGAGAGAAAAAUGUAACGGUGGAUGGAGAAACAAUCAAGCUUCAGUUAUGGGACACAGCAGGCCAGGAGCGCUUUCGCAAGAGCAUGGUGCAGCACUACUACCGCAAUGUGCACGCCGUCGUCUUCGUUUACGACAUGACCAAGAUGUCCACAUUCGAGGGCUUGCCCAACUGGAUCGACGAGUGCGACCGCCACUCCCUCUCGCCGGACAUCCCCCGCAUCAUGAUCGGCAACAAGUCGGACAUUGAGGACAAGAAGGUGGUGGCCACCAGCAUUGCCCAGAAGUUUGCUGACGCCAACAGCAUGCCGCUGUACGAAACCUCAGCUAAGAUGGACGAGGACGCUGAGAAAGUGGACCACAUUUUUAUGGAUCUUGCCGUCAAGCUGAAGAGCUACAGACCCAGCCUACCACUGCCCUCGCACUAUGGACAAAAGGACAAAGAAGAGAGCCGGUCCACGGUUAGGCUACCCUCGUCCCCAGCUAGCCAGAAAAAGGACAGUUGCUGCCCCUGCUCAAGUUGAGGUUGAGAUGGGAAUUCACUUUCUUCUGUGGUUAGUUCCAGUCGAAGGGAUUUUUUUCCACUCUCUCCCCAUGACUGUGUUUGUGCUGCACUCCCUUUGAUGGUGUAUACAUGUACCUGAUCACAUGUGACAAGCUUGUAUUUGAGUUGCUAAUUACAUGCAGUAGAGAAAUUUGGAAAGAACGGACGUACAUGUACAUGCAGAAACUGUGCGCUAGGGAAACACAGUGACAUGUUGGCACAUUUACAGUGUAAUGUUUAUGUCGGUGUGGUUUACACCUGCAUACAUUUACAGUACAUGAACAUGUACAUCCUCGAUUCUUUUAUAUACAUGUACGUACGUGGUAGUGCUCUGUUGAGUGUGGCUCAAAUGGCCUCCAGAAAUGUCAUGCAGUGCAUAUACGUAUCGUGUUGCUUAUGGCCGAUUAUAAGCUGUGUUACACUGGGCAAGUAACUCUUCUGAGCAGUUUUCUGCUGAUUAGGAGCUCCAUAGCAUUGGGCCCAGGUUUGUUUGUCUUUUUGUUGGGGGGGUGUUUGUUCUGUUUAUUUCUUUUUUAAUUAUGUACUUGUACAUUUAAAUGUACAUGGCAAAGAAACAAGGAAACAGUUUCUCAGUCCAAACCCAGCUGACCCCCCACAGUUCUGUUGGUGUGUACUGUACAAGCAGUACACAGUAGUGUCCACCCAUCACCAUUGGUUCACCGAGCAGGGUACCCCGGGAAAACCUUUGAAGAGUAUGGCCAAUGUCCAUUGAGCUUAUAGCGGCUAGAUGAAAUGUGGCUGCUCGAUCAGAGGCUGUCCUUUGAAAAAAAACUAUCCAUCAAGCCAGAGCUUAUAAGCUCAGCGUUUUUUGUCCACAAGUAAUCCCAGAUUCAAGGUACAAAAAUCAUCAGUGCAUUUCUUUGACUCGUUCUGUUGACCGUAAAAACUGUUUGGGAUUUCCAUUUGUGUAGACGUCACUGACUCUGUUGAUUUCCUGUCACAAAGCAACCAGUCAUGAGUUCAUGCAGCCUAGAGUACAGUAUAGAAUUUGCAAGACUAAUCAGUGUACAUGUACAUGUACAGUACAUGUGCAGUUAUUAAUAUACAGUACAUGUAAGCCUUUGUGGCUUGAAGGUUAAAUUACAAAGCAUGUUUCUCUGGAUUUCAGGUUUUCAUCUGCGAAUCAAAUGUUUUCAUUAAGACCAGAUUAGACAUGUACAUGUAGUACUGUACAUGUACAUGUAUGUAAGGCAUACAGCUACUGUUAUUACUGUACAUCUUUCUUAGGCGUUCCCAUCUUUCAAUCACUUUUUGUGGAUGUACAUUUGCAGAGCACAAAUGUAGUCUGCCCAAAUCUGACGUGUACACAAACGUUUAGCAUGUAAGAGUAGAGAUGAUGUAAUUUACCCAAUCAAAGCAGAAAUUGGAUGAGCUUUUUAAAUUUGGAAAUCAUUUUUUUUUCUUUUAGGAGUCUCUCUCUUACAUAACUUUUUAAACUGUGUCCAUAUAUAGGGGGCCUCAAAUGUACUGAUUGUUGGAAAUCUAGUUCAGAAUAUUUUCUGAAAAAUUGGCCUUUUGCAUGUGCACAUACAUGUACCAGUACAUUGCACUUGUGUGCCUUGUAUUCAAUAUUGUAUCUUCUUUGUUGACAGGUGUUUAAACCUCACAUGCAUUUUUCAUCAUUUUGUUUUUGUCUGUUACAAUACUCAGUCAUUACAUGUACAUGUACAUGUAUUUCUCCCAGUCACCAAACUGUCAAUUUCCUCAAAUAGGCACAGGGGUAACUUUUUUUAUCAAAAGAGGGGUAACUAAAAAAAACUUACUCAAGCCCUUAACAAUCUAUUUGCUCAGUCUAGUGAGACAAUAAAAUCCUUCUUACAAGGUACAUGUACAGUAUAUAAUGUAAAUGCAGGCCGUAAUGUUUUUGGAAAAAAUACAGGGCUUGCUGUUAUUAUAUUUACCGGUACAUAGAAUGUAUUAUUAAAGUAAUAUGCUAGUUUCUGCAGGGUAGUGUUAUGAAUGACAACUUCAAUCUUUUUUGCAGUUUCACUUUCAUGCAGUCAUUAUCAUUCCAUACGUAUUCUUCCAAUUUGCAUUUGGUGUUCCAUUUUUUUCCCAUUAGUUUGCCAAAAUUUAUUAUUUUUUAGUUUUGCAUGAAAAGAUGGCAGUUAUUUUGUUCGACUUUCUACAAGUAAAUUAGAUGCUUUAUGAAACCAAGCAUUUCUUCAUUAUCAUCAUUGGUAAUAUGUGAUACAUGAAAUAUUAAUUAUUUGGACUUUUACAAAAAAAAGUCACUGUUAAACAUUCACACUGAAUCAGUGGAAACAAGUGUCUUGUUACUGCUGAAAUUUGUGACAGAAAUAAUUGUGAGUUGAUAUUUAUUUAUUUGAGAAGGACAUAUACCAAAUUUGUGUUGAACAUAGAGUUUGUGAAAAAGAUUUAGUUUUUAGUAAUGGAUGUUAUCUUUUUGAGGCAGAAACGGACAAAAUAUUAUUAUGUUUAAAAAUACAGUAGUUUCUAUACUUGAUUAGCACACUUUUCGAGGGCCAAGUGCAAGAUUUGUACACGUGUUUGACACGUGGUUAUAAUCAGCUUGUUCCUCUAACCUCUGGCAUGACUCUGCUUUUUGUUCAUAUGUACACAGACUGCAGGGGUCAGAUAAUUUCACUUACAUGUACACUGUACGGCAGAAGUACAGUGUACGGCAGAAGUCCUCAGUGGAACAAAAGGAAAUUUGUUGUGAUGAGCUUGUGCUGGUGUAGAGAAAGUGCUUAAACCGUUGCCAGGAAGAAAUAAUCUCAUACACAGCAGUAAGGGGUUCCUAUCCUUAACAGAGAGCUUACAAUACGUAAUUCGUCGUGACUGUUAAAGGUCAAGUGUAUAAACGGCUUGAAGGAUCUUCUUAUACUGAAAACCUCAUCACGAUAAGUGCCUUAUGAUGAGAUAAGUACGGUACCGGUACCUUGUGUCAUGGCACUCUGUCCAACCAACCUCAAGUCGGUGCUCCCUGAAUAAGAAAUGAAAAAGCUACAUGUACAGUGUAUGUCAGUUUGUACAUGUGGCUCAUAUAAUUAUGUCGUUUGGUGUGCCUGACCAGUGCCUUUGGGCUUGAAGAAAUUUGUUCCCAAGUUUGCCAGCAUCUGCAGGUGCCAGUACAUGAACAUGGGUUUUCAUGGGUCAUUGAUUUUAUUUUUAACUGGGAAACGUGUAUUGAAGUAAAAAAUGUGUGGAAAUAGGAGCCAGCUUCCAGCCUUGCUUUAACUGAGGUGUGGCAUCGUAGAAACUCCUGUUCCUGUACCGUACCGGUAGCCCACCCCUUGCCUUUGAUGAAUACACGCUAUACAGUAGGCAUUUUUGCAAUCUCUUCCUUUGGUUUUUAUGUAACUUCCAUGGAGAGAAGGGAGAGAAACGGAUGGUCUGUUCAGCCCUACAGUCUGCUGUCUUUUCAUGACUCUUUAACAUGUGUACACUUUUAUAGUGUUUUAUAAUGUGGGUGAUAUUUUUGCUGGUACACAAGGCUACCAUCAACAUGUCAUGUUUGCAGUCAGUUAAAAUCCUUUGACUUUGGUGGGGCGUUAUUUCAUUAGGAACACGCAACCAUAUUUUUUAAAACCAUGCUUACUUGAACAUGGACAGUGCAGUGCACACUGAUAUGAGGUACCUUCAGUACAUGUACAUGCAUAUCAUUUUGUGUGCUUGUGUAUGCAUCAUUCAGACGGUCAUUGUCAAUUGAGUACAUGUAUAUGAAUCUUUCAUGCAUAUGCAAAUAGAUUUUGAUUUGACACCUAAUCCCUCGAUCAGCCUGCAUGUCUGAGUUGGUAUACCGUUAACUAUUGAUAAUGUAGAACUUAAUGGAAAUUGUACUAAACCAGAUGUGAAUGGAUAAUGUACAUGAAUAUUGUUUUGUACCGAAAAAUGAUUAGUUAGUGGAAUUUCACCGUAGGUGGAAAGCCCAAAUUUAUGCAUUUAUUUUCUAGUGGGCCUAAACAACAACAAAAAGUCUAAAUUUCAAGUGAUGGUUGUUGGGAACAGAAUUUGCGCGUUAUUGAACUAUUAAAAUGCAAGAUUAAUUUAAACUGAGCUUCAUCACAACUGGUGUGAUCACUGGUGAAUAAAUUGCAUAACACAUGUACAAAUAUAGGCGGCAAAAUAAUACCCUAAUGUUUAAUUGACGAAAAACCCCAACACUGAAAGUGUGCGUAGAGUCAUAUCAUAUGGCAUAUUUAUCUAACGUGUAUUUAUUGAAACGUAUUUUGAAAUUAUUGUAAACACUUGUUAGGAAGUAUCUGUAAGUUUGCCCCCCCUCCUUAUUUGAUGAGAUCUCUCGUAAAAUUGUCUCACGACAAGCAAUGGUAGACAUGUUCCAGAAUGGCCAAUAUCACACAGAGGUUCCAUGAUUAUUUUUCGUGCCAUAUAAAAGCCUGUAUUCUUCACAUCUCAUUAGGCUAACUCAUUUUGGCAAUCAAGCCUUGCAUGUUAUUUUGUGCUUAUAUAGCACAGAGAUGUGAGGGGCCUCUCAGAUAAUAGGAAAAAGAAAAAGCGAGGCCAACAAAGAGGAAAUGGGAUGAAAAUCAAUAAUUUGCUUGAACAUACCUAAGAAUUGACCCCUUUCCACUGUUUAAACAUGUAAUUUAUUAUUUUGCCAGUGAUGAAUGUUCUGCCCCCUCCCCUAAAGCUCCUACCCCCUCCCUCCCAUCCACCCCCCCCCCAAAAUAUUGGCGACACUCACAGGUACAGGUGUAUUUGUGGGAGGAAAAGUGUACCAGUACACCAGAGAAGCAGUGGUAAAGUGAACAUCUCAAGGGACUAAAAUGGUUUCACAUCAUAAACCUGAAUCACUUCCUGUUGUCUUUGUGUACAUGUUCAUAUAUUUCACACUAUCCAACCCUUGAUGAACCUAAAGAUGGGUAGCUUCUCUUGGGACGCAGCCCCUGUCAGGGCCAGAAUCAAGAGACUUUUCCCUUGUUGAAAAUCAGAAAUGUGGAACAGGAUAACUUGUCGACCUUCAUCAGAUCAUACUUGUGAUUAUUUCAAAAAGCUUAAUCAAGAUGAUAGUGCGCAAAUAGGUCUUGUGAGUGUGUCUGGCUUUCAUGUUGGGUAUGGGCGGCUCAGUGGGACUAGUGUUUGUUCCCAGUGAAUAAAUUGCAAACAUUUUGAUCUGUUACAUAUGUUGCUUCCAGAAAUAUUUCUGUAUGUACGUAUAUGUACAGUACAUGCCGGAAACAAGAUGUACUAUAUUUUUAUAUCAGGGCAGUUUAAGUCCUAUUUAUGCAAUUUCUUUAUAAGGGCAAGCAUUAGGUUUUGGCAGUAGUUGUACAAUGUACAUGGAGUGUGUGAAAACCAAGUUAGUUUCCCUCUAUCUGGAAAUAGCAUGUGGCCAGAAAUAUCAUGUGGCAUAUACAGUGUAAUAACAUGUGGACAGAAAUUACAUGUGGCCAGAAAUAAUGUAUGCCUGUAGAGGCCAUUGGCAAGCAGCAACCCUUCCCACAGACACGUGUCUCUACUGUCCACAACCACGGAGGAAGUUAUUCUUCCAUGCCUAUGGGGCGCUGUUUGUAAUUUUGUGCUUUGUUUUUUAUUUGGAACAGUUGUUUUGUAAAAUAUUAAUUUUGGCCCAGACGGCGCCCUAUACAUGCUACAACGAAGCAAUUCAGACACAGCUCUUCUUACGUGUCUCAUUAAAAUAUGUGCCUCCAUACACAAGAACAGUAGAUGGUAUUGCACAUGUACAUAUACACAUAUGUAUGUGUACUCAUAGAGCUGGUAAAGGGCUCAAUGUACAUGUAUGUGUGCCAGUGUUCAAUGGAAAUAUGGCUGAAUGCCAAAUGUUCAACCGAAUGUGUACAAGCAUGCAAUAAGAGUCCCCAUGUAAAGAUGCUGCAUGAGUGAAAUGCAACCGAGCAUGGGUGUGUGGUUGUUUUUACAUUUUUUACCACUUAACUUUGAAAAUGUGCACCUUCCAUAUCCACUUGCGACUGAAGAUUACUUUUUGUGUGGUAAGUUGUACUGAGACAAGCAAAAGUAUGCAUGUGUGCAGAUGAGAUGCUAUAAUUCAAACAGUAAUGCAAGUGAACCAGCAAGUGUUGCAUUUACAUCCUCUGUGACAGGCUGUAAUAAGGGAAUAAAUAUGUGCUUGGCCGGUCUUAAACAUGCGGUCUUAAACGAGCGUUUAAUGGGUGUGUGCCUGCGGCUCAGACACUAGUUGCAUCCAGUCUCCUGAGCUGGUCUCAAACGUAAAAUUUCAUUUCACACAUACCAGUUAACAUUCAUGUUUAUACCUGCCCCAAAGUCUAUUUCCAGUUGUAGUGCAGUACAAUCAUGACUCCUUCAAUUGGGGUUUUUGGAAGUGAAUUUCAGGGUUUUUUGACACUGCAGUCUACCCUCCUGGUGGAGAUUGAACUUGUCACCUUGAAAUCUUGCCUGCUACUUACUUAUAACAAAUCAGGUCAUGUUUACAUUGUCAGUCUUUUAUCAGUGGCUAAGCACUACACCUAAUUAGCUAAUAAAAAACUGGUUACGCCUUUUUGAGGGUUAACCCAUUUGAUUUUACUGUUUUGUUCUUGUAAGUGUAUGUGCAUAAUAUCACACAUCACAGAACACGUUGAUGGUCCUGCCGUGUCAGGUUAAUUAGAGUGGGAAAAAAUGCAACAUAGCAAAAAGGCAAAGAGUUUUGAGUAAAACAUUUCAAUAUUGCUGGACGUGUUCAUUUAUAUUUAUUGGCUCAGUUGGUUGUUAACAUUUGUGUUGCAAUUAUGCAGCUCAUACCAUGAAUGAAUUCACUUUCUUGUAUCACCCUAACAGUUGUCAGUACUCAAAUUUUGAUAAUUGUUCACUCUCUGUAUGAGUUAGGGUAAAUUAGAAUAUAGGUUGGAAAGGUUCACCACCUAUCCUUGAGUAAAUUAACCUGUACAAGACACAGAAAACACAGUAAAGGGGGCCAGUGAAAGUAACGGUCAUGUCCACCAUGUUUCCCUGCGGUUUUUCCCACAUCUUGAAAAAUCAGUGUCCAAUUUAAUGUCAGUACUGGCAGAUAGAUUUGGUUCUGUUCAUUGUUUUUUUAUCAUGAAAGGGAAUAACAACUUUGUAAGAGAAUGAUGUGCUGUAUUGUUUCACACAAAUUACAGCCCACAUACAUGUACUGAUUCACUUGUGUAACAUUUUGUGUUGAUGUGUUGAGCUUGAAACAAUUGUGGAAAUGUUUAAACCAUCGAGGAAACAUUGCUAAGGUGCCUGUGCUUUGUGUCAUAAUGAAGGAUAGAGUCGGGGUUUUUCGUCUGCUGUGGUCAAGGCAUGCAUCAAUACAGUUCAGUUGUUGAGUUCUUUUGUGCAGCUCUUAUAGAUUAGGUAUUGUUUCUUAGAAAACAUAGUGUAUUUGUUUUGUUUCCCCAAAACACUGGAAAACAAUCCUUAAAUAUCUCUAUUGUUUUCCAGAUUAUAUUUAGCUUUUUGUUUCAUUUUUAAACAAAAGAAUCACUACGUCUGUUUUUCAGGUAAUUUUUAAUAGUUGAUAUCAAGUUUAUACUUCAUUAUGAAUCACUAGCAUGAAUGUAAAGCAUGACAUAUGAACGUAAAGAUAAUGCAUUUCAAGGGCUUCAAAGAAUUCUGAUUAAUGCAAUCAUUCAUUCCCUGUGCACCAGUGUGUUAAUGUUAACAUUCAGUGGGAAUAAAUUAAUUUUGGAAAAGUGA